AUGGCUUCACGGUCAGUGGCGCAAUGCGCGCUGAGGGUGACACAAGCCCGGCUGGGAACUUCGCAUUAUUUGCUGUGGGCGGCGCAAAUGCGCACAUCGUCCCAAUCAGUACGGGCAGCGUCAUCUGGGUCUAGCAGGCGGUCAACGGUCGGGAAGUCUGUCGUCAGCAGCAGCAAAGCAAAACCUCUGCCAUUCAAAUCUCCCUCCGCCAAGACAAAAGCCGUUGCUCAAUCAUCAGCGCCCAAGACGUCGGAUUCCUCCGCAUCGACACCGGAGAACCAUGGCAAGGACAGCGGUAGCAGCGGCAGUACAAGAGGUCAUGCACCACCACCACCACCGCCACGCAAGUUCAGCAUAGCGGAGCUGGUACGGACGCGCUGGAUCGCCUUGUUCGGAGCCGGCGCCGCGGCGCUGUGCCUGGGCUCAUUCACAGCGUCCUUUGUAUGGCUCAACCUGCAGCCGGCGCCCGUGUACUGCACGGGGCACGAGCCCCAGGUGCCGACGGGCAGGCCGGGCAUCCAGAGCCCGCUCGAGUUCGACCUGCACCUCGACAAGUCGGAGCACCGGUACGGCAUCACCAAGCUGCGGCGCAAGCUGGGUGCCGAGGCCCGCGGCCACGUCCUCGAGGUUGCCGUCGGCACCGGCCGCAACCUCGAGUUUUACGACUGGGGCGCCCUGACCGCCCGUCUCGUCUCCCGCGGCGAGCGCAACCGCGACCUGCUCGAAAAGAGCGGUUGGGGCCGCUCCAACAUGGCCGAAGUCCGAGAGGUCGACAGCUUUACCGGCGUGGACAUAAGCGAGGACAUGCUCGAUAUCGGUCUGCAGCGCCUGCGCACCGUUGUCCCGCACGGUCCCGAGAUCCUCACCGCCAAGAAUCCCUCAUUCGCGGCGCUCGCACGGCCCGACGACGAGGCCGGCGGCCGUCCGUGCCUGGCCCUGCUGGACGGCAAGUUGCGGAUCCUCAAGGGCGACGCGCAGGACGAGCUGCCUCGGCUCUCGCGCAAGGCGGCACCCGCCGUCAAGGAUGGACGUUAUGACACGGUCGUCCAGACGUUUGGCCUCUGCAGCGUGCGCGACCCGACGCGGCUGCUCGAGAACAUGGCACGCGUCGUCCGGCCCGGCAGCGGCCGCAUCAUUUUGAUCGAACACGGCAGGAGCUGGUGGGAUCUGGUCAAUGGCCUGCUGGACCGCAGUGCCUCUGGACAUUUCGAGCGCUUCGGGUGCUGGUGGAACCGCGAUAUCGAGGCCAUUGUCGAGGAUGCGCAAAAGAAGAUUCCGGCGCUCGAGGUUGUCGAGAUGCACAGGCCCGGUUGGUUCAAGUUUGGCACGCACUUUUGGAUCGAGCUGAGGGUGCGUGAGGACGCAAAUACUAAAGAGCCGCCCACUGCGAUCGAAAAGCCUGCACAAGAGGCCAAGGAGGGGAGCUGGUCCAAGUGGUGGGACGUGGGCUCGUCGAUACUCACACCGAAAUCCAAGUAA